CGCCAUUCGACGCGCUGACGUCAUACGCUCCAGGUACUUUCCCCGCAGUCAGUCGGACUUGGCGUGGAGGCGGGGCGGGGCGCGGAGCGCGCAUGCGCCGCAGCGCCAGCACGCUCCCCUGAUCGUGCGGGGGCCUGAGCCUCUCCGCCGGCACAGGCUCCGCUCGCUCCAGCGGCCAUGUCGACCACCGCCGAGCGGGAAUUUGAGGAGCUGGAUGCCCAGAAUCGUUGGCAGCAGUUGUACUUGGAAAUUCGCAAUGAGUCCCAUGACUAUCCUCAUAGAGUGGCCAAGUUUCCAGAAAACAGAAAUCGAAACAGAUACAGAGAUGUAAGCCCAUAUGAUCACAGUCGAGUUAAACUACAGAAUGCUGAAAAUGAUUAUAUUAAUGCCAGCUUAGUUGACAUAGAAGAGGCACAAAGGAGUUACAUCCUAACACAGGGUCCACUUCCUAAUACAGCUUGCCAUUUCUGGCUCAUGGUUUGGCAGCAAAAGACCAAAGCAGUUGUCAUGCUAAAUCGAGUUGUAGAAAAAGAAUCGGUUAAAUGUGCACAGUACUGGCCAACAAAAGACGACCGAGAGAUGCUGUUUAAAGAAACAGGAUUCAGUGUGAAGUUCUUGUCAGAAGAUGUGAAGUCAUAUUAUACAGUACAUCUACUGCAAUUAGAAAAUAUAAAUAGUGGUGAAACCAGAACAAUAUCUCACUUUCAUUAUACUACCUGGCCAGAUUUUGGAGUCCCCGAAUCACCAGCUUCAUUUCUGAAUUUCUUAUUUAAAGUGAGAGAAUCUGGUUCCCUGAAUCCUGAACAUGGACCUGCAGUGAUCCACUGUAGUGCAGGCAUUGGGCGAUCAGGCACCUUUUCUCUAGUAGAUACUUGUCUUGUUCUGAUGGAAAAAGGAGAUGAUAUUAACAUUAAACAACUGUUACUGAAUAUGAGAAAAUAUCGAAUGGGACUUAUUCAGACACCAGAUCAACUCCGAUUUUCAUAUAUGACUAUAAUAGAAGGAGCAAAGUUUAUAAAAGGAGAUUCAAAUAUACAGAAACAGUGGAAAGAACUUUCUAAAGAAGACUUAUGUCCUGCUUUUGAUCAUUCACCAAACAAAAUAAUGACUGAAAAAUACAAUGGGAACAGGAUAGGACUAGAGGAAGAAAAACUGACAGGUGACAGAUAUACAGGACUAUCCUCUAAAACACAAGAUACUAUGGAGGAGAACAGCGAGAGUGUUCUACGGAAACGAAUUCGAGAAGACAGAAAAGCUAACACGGCUCAGAAGGUGCAGCAGAUGAAACAGAGGCUAAAUGAGACUGAACGAAAAAGGAAAAGGUGGUUAUAUUGGCAACCUAUUCUCACUAAGAUGGGGUUUGUGUCAGUCAUUUUGAUUGGUGCUUUUGUUGGCUGGACACUGUUUUUUCAGCAAAAUGUCCUAUAAAUAAACAAUUUUGCCCAGCAAGCUGCUGCACUAGUAGCCGACAGUGUUGCGUUAAUACCAAGGGUUUGUCUAUUAGCAAACUCCUCAUAACCCAAAAAUGGAGCGGUAGAAUAGACACCAACCAGGUAAAUGAUAUAUUCAGUCCUCAGCCCUACAUCUCAGGGCACUGCCCCCAAACUGUAAACGGCUAUCUAAAAUAAAGACUUUAAUACCUGUUAAAAACUGGUACAUUUUGGAACUGUAUUCAUACAUGUUAAACGUAAUAUUUCACCUGACCAGAUUGAGAAAUCCUUUAUCACAAGGAUUUGUUUUUGAGGCUAUCUGGAUUUUAACCUGCACUUGAUAUAAGCAAUAAAUACCAUGGUUUUAUCUACAUUAUUACUGGAAAGAAAAUGACCUUUAAAUAAUGCGUGUAAUGUAUAAUGUAUUAUUGACGUGGGCAUCAACAUUUUAUAUUCUUAACCG